AUGGCGGCUUCUACUGAUCCUCAGAUUCAAACUCAGAAUAGUGUGAAUUUUGCUGAUCCUUACUACCUCUCUAAUGGCGAUCAUCCUGGUAUGCAGCUUGGAAAUCACAUUCUCACUGGUUCCAAUUUUCUCAAUUGGAGUCGCACUGUUCGGAUGGCGUUGAUUGCUCGAAAUAAGCUUCAAUUUGUUGACGGUACUCUUCCUUCUCCUUCUCCUGAUUAUCAGAAAUGGAUUCGUAAUGACUAUAUGGUGAUGUCUUGGCUUUUGAAUUCUGUUGAUAAAAGUUUAGCUGAGAGUUUCAUGUUUGUUAAUUCUUCUGCUGAUUUGUGGAAAGAGAUUUCUGAGCGGUUUGGUCAGUCUAAUGCACCUCAGGUGUUUGAAUUGCAUAUAUCUUUGAGUUCUUCAAAUCAAAAUAAUGAUAGUAUUGCUGAAUACUAUGGUCGAUUGAAGAGUGUUUGGGAUCAAUUGCAAAUUCUUGAAGGAUUUCCUGAUUGUACUUGUGAAGCUUUAAAACUCUGUAGUUGUGGAGUUCUCAAGAAAAUUCUUGAGAUGGAUCAGAGAAGGAAGUUGAUGCAACUAUUGGCUGGUCUUAAUAGGAACUAUGAUCAAGUUAAGACUAAUCUUCUAAGUCUUGAUCCUUUGCCUUCGAUUAACAAGGCUUAUCAUACUCUUCAACAAAUUGAACAACAGAAUAAGUUGAAUUUGUUGGCAACAAAUUCUGUUGAAACAAAUUCCAUGAAUGCUGCUGCUAAUGCAGUUAUGACUCCUAAGGUUUUUCCUAAGCCUUCUUAUAUGCAGAACCCUGAUUAUAAGAAGAUUAAGUCUGAUCUUCUUUGUACUCAUUGUAAGAAACGAGGUCAUGGUGUUGAUUCUUGUUUCAAGUUGUAUGGUGUUCCUACCUGGUAUACUGAGUUGAAAAGGAAGGCUCCUGCUAAUGUCAGGUUGGCUGGAAAUGCUUCUGGUUCUGCUGGAAUUCUUGGUAAAGCGCCAGUGCAGGGUGAUGAACAUGGUUCUUCUAUUUCUUCUGCUGAUCCUACAGCUAUGACUCACAUGUAUAAUGAAUUACUUCGGAUGAUACAGAAUAAGUCACCAAGUUCUUUAGACAAUCCUUUGUCUUCUGCAAUCAACUUUGCAGGUACUACUAUUGCCUUUCAUGUGGAUAAUUUGAAACAUGUUUUUGAUAAGACUGCUUGGAUUAUUGAUACUGGUGCUAGUGACCAUAUGGUUGGUAAUUUAGACUUAUUUGCUUCAAUUCAUAAACUGAAAAAUCCAAUCAAAGUUAGUUUGCCUGAUGGAACAUUUACUUUUGUUUUGUAUGCUGGUUCUGUUGCUUUAACUGUUGAUCUUCUCAUUCAUAAUGUUUUCUAUAUUCCUUCCUUUAAACACAAUCUAUUAUCUGUUGGUAGAUUACUUGAUCAUCACAGUUUAGUUGCUCAUUUUGAAAAGGAUUCCUGUCUAUUUCAGGACCUUGUCUCUAAGCAAGUUAAAGCUGUUAGAACAAGAUUUUCUGGACUCUACAAGUUUAGUUCUACUUCUUCUGAUUUUCAUUCUUCUGUAAAUAAUAUACAGCAUGUUGAUGUUUCCAUGCUUGCUAAUAAUCUCAUUACAAAAUCUGUUUUACCUAGUAUUGAUGUUGUUCAUGCUAGGUUAGGUCAUCCUUCUGCUAGUCAUAUGAAACAUGUAACUAUUCCUAUAUCAGGCAAUAAAACUUGUGAUUUUUCUUGUGAAGCAUGUGUUCUUGGCAAACAUCAUAAAUUUCCCUUUUCCAUAUCUUUGUCUAUGGCUUCUCAACCUUUUGAUCUUAUUCAUGUCGAUUUGUGGGGCAAAUAUAAGAGACCUAGUUUGUCUGGAGCAUUUUAUUUUUUGACUGUUGUGGAUGACAACACUAGAGUGACUUGGACUUUUCUGAUUCAUGACAAGACUCAAGUGUUUUCUGUGAUUACUGGAUUCUUUUCUUAUGUUCACACUCAGUUUGGGAAAUCAGUUAAAAUGCUUAGAAGUGAUAAUGGUACUGAGAUAAUUCAGGAGGUUUGUGCUAAGUUCUUUAUUGAGCAGGGUAUUAUUCAUCAAAAGAGCAUUCCUGGCAAUCCUCAGCAGAAUGGGAGGGUUGAGAGGAAGCAUAGACAUCUAUUAGAGACUGCUAGAACCUUAAGAUUACAUGCUUCUCUUCCUUACAAGUUUUGGGGUGAAUGUCUGUUAGCAGCAACCUAUUUGAUCAACUUGUUACCAAGUUCUGUUCUACACUGGAAGUCUCCCUUUGGGUGUUAUUUGGGAAGCCACCUAAUUACUCUCAUUUAA